CCCCUGUCUUCCGCCAGGUGGAAUCUGAAGAUGCUGCAAUGUUGCCGGUGCCGGCACUGGUUCCACGAGGCCUGUACCCAGUGCCUGAGCAAGCCGCUGCUCUACGGAGACAGGUUUUACCUGUUCGUAUGCUGUGUCUGUACAGGUAGAGCGGAGUUUGUGAAAAGGCUGCCUCUGGAAUGGGCUGACAUUGCACAUCUGAUCCUCUACCACCUCAGCACCUGCUGCAGGAAGAAGUACUUUGACUUUGAGGGUGAGAUCUUGGCAUUUGCCAACGAAAACUGGGACAACCUGCUGCUUGGUGAGCUUUCCAGUGCCUCCCAGUCGGAACGCUACAAGCAGAUCCUCAACGCCCUGAACAGCCAUAGGAGCAGGUCAGUGACUGGUCCUUUGGAAAUCUUCAGCAUUUGUGUGUUGGUGAGUUCCACUCCAGAAAUGUAUACCCCUCUGGUACUGCUGGGAUUGCACUGGGAAUGUCAGCCUCCCAGCCCACGUUUAUCCUCUCUGUAAGAUCCUAACAUAUCGGAGUAGCAACAUGGAACAUUCAGCGGCCAUUCGGCCCCUUGAGUUUGCUCUGCUAUCUGAUCAGAUCGCCGCUGGUCUAGUUAUGGCGUUAACUUUGUUUACCUGCCUGUCUGCCCCAUUCCCUUUAAUUCACUUGAAGAACAAAAGCCUCUCACUCCGUGUUGAAUCAAUUUAAUGCCACUGCUGCCUUGGGAAGAGAGAUUUUCCUCAGCCCCCACCUGAUUUGGGAGACCAUCUUGUGCACCCACUGCUGCAGGGUAAGGCAGACUCGGUCUUCACACAGGCACUUGCAUUGUGUGUAUAGGGGAGGAGUAUGACGUGUCUCUUUGCUGGGUGGGAGUGAUUUCUUCCUUCUAUUGAUCACCUCCUCUCUCACUUAGUUAAUAUUUUUUCAUUGCUUCCCCCACUCCCAUACUUUCUGUAUUCUCCCAACGAUUUCUCAUUAACCCCUUCCUGUGUGU